AUGACUACCUCUCAGCAAUGCUCAUUGCCCGAGAAAGGCUUGGGGCACCUGGACGAGAGCUACGGCGACGGCGACGGCGGCCCAAAAGCCACGAAGGGGAGCGAUUUCAAGACGGUCGUGUUCCCGCAGAGCAUCUUCGCCAUCGCCGGCGUCAUGUCGGCAGCGGCGCCGGUGGCCGUCGCGGAGGACGACGAACUACCGGGCUGGUGGGAGGUGGCACGGCGCGUGCCCCUGAUGCUGGCGUGGGUGUGGCUCCACCUCCUGGUGGAGGACAUCGCCAACCAGCGGCUGGAAGGGGCCAUCAUCGAGGACUCCAACAACAAGCCAUGGCGCCCGCUGCCGUCGAAGCGCAUCACGCCCGAGGAGGCCAGGCGGUGGCUGCUGAUGGCCAUCCCCGUCGCGGUGGGCGCCAGCGCCUGGCUCGGCGCGCUGCGGUCGAGCCUGUGCCUCAUGGUGCUGGUGUGGAUGUACAACGACCUGGACGGCAGCGGCAGCGACAUCUGGCUGCGCAACGCCCUCAACGCGGGGGGGCUCAUGUGCUUCAGCUGGGGGGCGCUGGCGGUCCUGGCGCAGGGGGAGGGGCAGCUGCAGAGGAGGGCGUACGAGUGGAUUCUGUUGACCGGCGCCGUCGUCAUGACCACCGUGCACGCGCAGGACUUCCCGGACCUGGAAGGGGAUAUGGCGCGAGGUCGGCGGACGAUUCCGCUGUUGCAUGGCGAGGGCCCGGCGCGCGGCUCGUUGGCGGUCAUGGUGGUGGCGUGGUCGAUCGCCUGCCCGGCGUUUUGGGGCGCGGCCUUGUGGUCUUGGGCAGGUCCCUUGAGUAUCGGCUGCGCCAUGGCCGUGUUGACGCUGAUGCGGUGGGGCCAGUGGUGGGACGAGGUGGUGUGGAAGCUGUGGUGUCUCUGGGCGGCGUCACUGUAUUUGCUGCCCAUGUUUGCAGAAGCUGCAUGA